UAGACGGAUAAGGAGAAGAGGGUAGUAAAACGAGCUCUAUUAAGGUUCAUCUUCAUCUUGCUUCAAAUAUCAGACCUUGUGGCAUGGAUAUAAACAAUCAUUGCGGGGUGUUUAUGCAUGCUCGGCCUUUUCCGUGAUUUACGGACGUGCCUCUCAGUUUGUGAGAAUAAAAUCUUACGUGAGUGUUUUUACAGAUUGGUGUAAAUGUUGGUGACUUUUCAUCCUCUGCAACUUCCACUUUAUCCUGCAUUUUGUUGUUUAAAGUUGGAGUACGCACUUCUUGUUUGACAAGUGAACAACUCAUGACAUUCCCUCUUGUCCAAGAAAAAAGAAAGUGUCUAACAGCAUUAAUACUUUCUGCACUAUUCCUUCUGUUCCUUAUCUAUGGUCUUGAUAUCCAACAUUUUGGCCACCUAAAACCAAAAUCUAAGCAAAGACAUCAUUAUAGGAAACAAUAUCUGCCAAAUGCACUUCUUAUUGGAGUUCGGAAAGGAGGAACAAGAGCAUUGCUCCGAUCACUGUGUCUAAAUCCUAAUAUCCAUACUGUGUCUAAAGAAGUUCAUUUCUUUGACCGAGAUGAAAAUUACAAAAACGGAAUGGAAUGGUACAGGAAGAAGAUGCCAUUUGUAUCAACUGAGGCUUCUGGACAAAUCAUUAUUGAAAAGACACCUGCAUAUUUUGUCACUCCAAGUGUCCCUGAAAGAAUCUACAACAUGUCAAAAACUGUCAAGUUAAUAGUAGUUGUCCGAAACCCCACACGACGGGCAAUCUCAGAUUACACCCAGUUGAAAUCCAAGAAUCCAUCCUUGCCGCCAUUUGAAGAGUACGUGACUACAGAUAAAGCUCAAAAGAUACUGAAGGUUAAUGACAGUUGUGUUCAUAUUGGCGUUUACUGCAAACAUCUUCAGAACUGGCUGAAGUACUUUCCAUUAAAGCAGUUUCAUUUUGUCAGUGGAGAACAGCUUUCAAGUGAUCCAAUACCUGAACUGCGAAACAUUGAAAAAUUUCUUAACUUAGAUCCUAAAAUAAAAAAAGAUGAUAUUGUUUUUAACGAAACCAAAGGCUUUCCUUGUUUCAAAAAACGCAUGCCACAGAAUGGCUCUUUCAAAUACUCAUGUCUGGGCCCUUCGAAAGGGCGUGUACAUCCACAAGUGCGACCUGAUAUUCUGCAAUUACUAAUGACAUACUAUAGUCCUUACAAUAAACAAUUUUACAAGAUGGUUAACAGAGAUUUUGGAUGGAUGUGAGUUGAUUUCUCAGUUGUUGUUUUUUUGUACAAGGAGUCCAGUUGCACUGCUUACACAGUGUAGACUAUCAAUCAAAAAAAUUGCUAAAGCAUGAUUCCAAUGCUAGUUCAGUGCUAAUCACUCUAUUACAACAUUUGUCAAUCAUCAUUUAGCAAUGAAAAGAUUUGUAACUAACUGUCAAUAUUAUUACAGUAUUAGAGUGCAAACAAUUAAUCYGUGAAACACUAAUUACUAAAUAGUACAAAAUAGUGCUAAUUAAACAAUAGAAAACAAUGGAAUUUACAUGAAAUUGUGCUAUUUAGUAUUACUAACGUUUCACGGUUAUAUUGUUUGCACUCUAGGUUUUAUGUAAUCUUCUUUUGAUUGGGUCAUUGAUUUUGAUUUGAGCCAAACCUACUCCAAUCAAUUGUAAUAUUGUAUAUUUAAAGUAUAUCAAAGGAAUGUGAUCUGGAAAAGAAUAUAAUAAUCAAUAUAUGAUUUUACUUUUUUUUGAAUUUUGAACUUUUUUAUUUAGUGCUAUUUUUACAAGAACAAAAAAUUAAUGAGAAAAAUAAAAUAUAUAGUUUGUUUUGGAGUGUGAUCAUCUGGGUGAGUGUAGUCUUGAGAAACAUGGUUGUUGGUGGUGACUGAUGUUUCAACAACCUGAGCGGAAGUCAUCUUCAGAGUCCAGUGAGAAAACAAAAGACAAUCAAUAGGUAUAAAUACCAUCGGCUUUCUCUCAUUUUUCACUAGACUCUGAAGAUGACUUCUGCUCAGGUUGUUGAAACAUCAGUCACCACCAACAACAGUCUUUCUCAAGACUACACUCACCCGGAUGAUCACACUUCACAACAAACUUUCAACACCUGGGUUCAAACCAUUUACUCUUCAAUAUAAAGUUCCUUAUUUUAGGGGACUUACCAAAAGAACAGGGCUGAUCAUCUACACAAUGAUUAGAUAUCUAAUUAUAUUAUUUUUACGGUUAAAGGUCAGUGAAUAACAUGUAAAUGUGAAUAACAUCUAAAUAUAUUAAAAUAUAAAUAAACAUAUUCCAUUAGUAUUUUUACACAAGUGAAUAUAAUAAAUCCCACAGGCUUAUUGGCCACAAUUUAUGUCUUCUGCUGUUAUAUUCACCUACAGGUGAAUAUGAUGGGUGCAUGCACACACUUCGUUGUCGAUUUGUGCUGCUUGAAGAGAUAAAUAAAAUUUGAACCAAAAAAAAUACCCUCUCGGUUAUUUAUUGAUUUCACUUGAGUUAAAAAUACUAAAACAAUUAUUCGCCUCAGGCUCAGUGGAUAUUGGGGAAUAUUUACCUUUGCCGCUCAAAGACUUGCGUCUCUGACAGUAAAUAUUCCCUGAUAUUCACUUCGCUUUUGGCAAGUAAUUGUUAAAUAUUAUAAUGAUGAUUGUAUGAUAUACCGAGUAAUAUCAUAAUAUAUAAUAAAAGAAGCAUAUUAUUUUGAAAGACUCAACAAGUAUUUUGAAGUACAUGAACCAAGCAUGAACAAGUUUCUGUACUUACGAGAGAUAGACCCCUGGCAUGUGAUGGUAAUCUGGGGGCCAAAAUAGCAAAAGAUAUGUACAUGAGAAAUGUUUUUGAAUCUCAGUAGAAGAAAAGCUUAGGUAUUUUUUGACUCCUGGAUAGUUGAUUAGUGAAAGAUGUUUACUACGGAUCUCACCUAACUGUGGCGACACAUCAAAAAUUUGUCUCGCUACCACACCCUAAUUCGUCUACUGACACGCCUACUUCGUCACUGUCUCGGAUCUAGCACAUUGCCAGUAAGGUAUUCACUGUAAUACAUGGAAGAUGGAGAGAUUUGAAUUUAAAAUAAAAGUACAAGAGAGAUGUGUUAAGACUUUCCUUGAAAGAAACCAGUGGUAAUAUCUCCACUGUUUUUGACAAUUUCAUCAAUUAUUAGGGAGCGAAACUCAUCUGAAAGUGCUUUUCUGGCCAAAUUUAUUUAUUUCCAUGUUUCUACAAUUUUACGCUCRAACACACUGCUGUGACAAAAGUAGGCGUGUCAGUACAAAUUAGAGUGUAGUAGCGAGACAAAUUUUUGAUGUCGCCACAGUUCGGUGAGAUCUGUAGUAUAUAUUUGGCAUGUUUUUGUUUGAGUUGUAUACCUAGGGUGGAUCUAGGGGUGUUUUUAUGGACUCCUAAAACCAUUAUCAAACCCCCUAAAUAACCACUAAAAACCUCCUAAUUGGAAGAUCGUAAUUUAUCGAACUCCCUAAUUUGGACAAGUGCAAAACAAGGAACUUUUUUGGUAUGUUAAACUGCUAUCCUUGUGUUUGUGUAAAAAUCUGGGAUCUGCUUGUGUAAUAAUAUUUAUGAUUAGUGUCUUCUCAUGUACAACCAUUACUGUAACAAAGAUAUGAUACUCUCGGUAAUAACA